UAUUUUCAAUUAUCCCAAAUUUUAGAAAUUUUAUAGAAGUAAGGUCCUCAUAGGCACAAGAGCUUCCAUUAGACUUCACUAUUGUUCUAAUAUAAUUCCAUGACUAUUGAAAAUUAUAUAUAUAUAUAUAUAUAUUUGGCCAAAGACAAUUGGAAGUUAGAAGCAUUUCACAAUCCACUUAAAAAUACACGGUGAACAUCUUGGCGAUGAAUUUUUUUUUAAAAAAAUUACUUUCUAAAUAAGCUGCCAAAUAUAUUUGACCUAACUUCUAGUAUUCACUUUUUCAGCACUCGGUAAAUUAGAGGAGAAUGAUAGUUAAAAAGGAAUAAGAACCUCUGACAUGACAAGGUAAAAGGAAUUAAUCUUGUAAUAAAUUUGCAGCCCACAGCCUUAGAUCAUAGGGGGAAGUCACUUGGUAAAAGGAAUAAGAACCUCUAACAUGACAUGCAUCAGAAGAAAUCCCAAUUCCCAAACCUUUGCAAUGGUGAGGUUCUCUCAAUUCUGAACCCAAACCCAAGCGAAAGAGUAAAAGGUGGUUAUUUUUUGUGGACAAUCUCGGCGGCAGGAAGCAAUACCAUGGAAUCAUUUUUUUUUUACCUCAACUUGAAGCCUUAAUUGACAACCCAGUUAAGAAACAGCAAAGCCGUGCAUGGUCAUAAAGUUUCUGACAUUAACGAGGAGAUUGCCAUAUUUUCUAACGGUAAUUAACCCUGAAAAUUACUCCCACAGAAAGGAAGGAGGGCGUAGAUGAUGAAGAUAGGGAAAGUGGGAUUGUUGGUGUUCAUAGUUCUGGCAUUGAGCUGGUCUUCUUCAGCCUGGUUUGGUGGUAAGCACAAAAAGGAAAGUCAGUCCAUUCUAGCAGGUGAAACGACGUCGUCAUGGGUCGUAAAUCGUGCUGGGUCUUCCAUUCUGUUCCGGGUUCACGGCAACGUUUAUCCUGUGGGUUUUUACAAUGUUACUUUGAACAUAGGCCAGCCACCGAGGCCUUAUUUUCUUGAUGUUGACUCGGGUAGCGAUCUCACAUGGCUCCAAUGUGAUGCUCCUUGUACCCGUUGUUCUGAGACACCGCAUCCACUGUAUCAACCCAGCAAUGACUUAGUCCCCUGCAAGGAUCCCCUCUGUGCAUCGUUGCAACCAUCUGAAGAGUACGAGUGUCAACACCCAGAUCAAUGUGACUACGAAAUCACGUACGCAGAUCAUUAUUCAUCUCUUGGUGUUCUUGUUAGGGAUGUCUUCAUCCUCAACUUCACUAAUGGAAUGCAGCUUAAAGUUCGUAUGGCACUUGGAUGUGGGUAUGAUCAGAUAUUUCCAGCUUCUUCUUACCACCCAUUGGAUGGAGUACUUGGGAUUGGCAGGGGGAAAACCAGCUUGAUAUCACAGCUUAAUGGUCAGGGCUUGGCUAGAAAUCUUGUCGGACACUGUUUAAGUGCGCAAGGUGGAGGGUACAUCUUCUUCGGAGAUGUUUAUGAUUCUUCUCGGCUUAUUUGGACACCAAUGACAUCUAAAGAUCAUUCCAAACAUUACUCAGCAGGAGCAGCUGAACUCAUUUUCGGAGGGAAGGCUAUGGGGGUCGCAGAUCCUGUUACUUUUGACAGUGGCAGCUCUUACACUUACUUCAACUCUAAUGCCUAUCAAGCAUUGAUUUCUUGGUUGAAGAAGCAAUUAGACAGGAAGCCCAUUAAAGAAGCCCCUGAUGACCUGACUGUUCCUAUGUGUUGGCACCCUAAAAGACCAUUCAAGAGGAUAAGUGAAGCCACGAAAUACUUCAAGCCUUUGGCAUUGGGUUUUACCAGAGGUGGGAAAGGUGAAGCUAUGUUUGAAAUCCCUCCUGAGGCCUAUCUGAUAAUAUCAACCAAAGGAAAUGUUUGCUUAGGCAUUUUAAACGGCUCUGAAGUGGGCCUGGGAAAUUUGAACUUAAUCGGGGACAUAUCCAUGCUAGACAAAGUGAUGGUAUUCGACAAUGAGAAGCAGUUGAUUGGUUGGGCACCCGCAAACUGUGACCGGGUUCCAAAAUUCAGAGAUGUCACCAUCUGAUCAUAGGCAAGACAUGUAAAUGGCUGGAAAGUACAGGAUGAUUGUUUAUCUCUUCAUUAUUUGUAUGUAUAUUUUCUUGUCAAGUUAUCGAUGUGAACAUACAAUACAUAGAAUUUAUUUGUACAGGGUACUGAAUGGCAAAUAAUUAGUCCUAUCACAAUUUGCUCAUUUGCCUGCAUUGUUGUGAGCUCUUAAUUGACAUAUCUCGUGCGAUAGUUCUAGCCUAGCAAGCAUCUUCUCCCUCCUCAGCAUGUCA